AUGCAUGCUCAUAAACAGACCCCAAGACUCAGAAUACUAGUUUGGUUUACCUAUAAAAGCAUUCCCUUCAAGGAAAGACAAGUGCUCCAAAAUCCUGUUCUUCCAGCUUGGUCACAGAGGCUCAGGUAUUACAAUCCAACACAUUUCUUCCAGAGCAAGUACACAUCAUGCCUUCUCUUCAUCGACCUUGGAAGAUCGUUUCUCAUGGCAGUAUUUCAGACCACUCUGUGGAGACUUGUUUCUGGAAUCUUAGGAGUAAUAUGCCUUUCACUGAUGACUGCACUAGGAAUUUUGUUGUCAAAUUUAUUUUCUAAACCAAGGAUAGAGCUAAUGCCCUCUCCAGGACCUGACAUGGGACUCCAGGAAAGCUCUGACUGCUGUUCUUGCCCAGAGAAGUGGAUUGGGUACCGAUGCAACUGUUACUUCGUUUCUAAUGAGGAGAAAACUUGGGAAGAAAGUAGGCAGUCCCGUGCUUCUCUGAACUCCAGUCUACUUCAACUUCAAACCAGAGAUGAACUGGAUUUCAUGCACUCCAGUCAGUACUAUUACUGGGUUGGUCUGUUUUAUAGUAAAGAACAUAAUGCCUGGUUGUGGGAGAAUGGCUCCACUCUCUCCAAGAACCUAUUCCCAUUCACUGAACCUUUUAAUUCACAGAAAUGCAUAACCUAUAGUCCAAAACAAAAUGCUUUAGAUGAACCCUGUGAAAAGAAUAAUCGUUAUAUCUGUAAGCAACGACUUAUUUAA